AUGACGUGGACUUGGACGUGGACGUGGACGUGGACGUGGUCGUGGACGUGGACAUGGACCUGGACGUGGACAUGGACGUGGACGUGGACGUGGACGUGGACAUGGACGUGGACGUGGACGUGGACGUGGACGUGGACGUGGUCGUGGACGUGGACGUGGACGUGCUCGAGGACGUGGACGUGGACGUGGACGUGGUCGUGGACGUGGAGGACUUGGACGUGGAUGGACGUGGACGUGGUCGUGGACGUGGACAUGGACGUGGUCGUGGUCGUGGACGUGGUCGUGGACGUGGUCGUGGACGUGGACGUGGUCGUGGACAUAAACGUGGACGUGGACGUGGUCGUGGACGUGGACGUGGACGUGGACGUAAACGUGGACGUGGACGUGGUCGUGGACGUGGAGGUGGACGUGGACGUGGACGUGGACGUGGACGUGGACGUGGACGUGGACGUUGACGUGGUCGUGGUCGUGGACGUGGACGUGGACGUGGACGUGGUCGUGGACGUGGUCGUGGACGUGGACAUGAACGUGGACAUGGACGUGGACGUGGUCGUGGACGUGGUCGUGGACGUGGACGUGGUCGUGGACGUGGACGUGGAGGUGGACGUGGACGUGGACGUGGACGUGGACGUGGACGUGCUCGAGGACGUGGACGUGGACGUGGACGUGGUCGUUGACGUGGAGGACUUGGACAUGGACAUGGACAUGGACGUGGACGUGGUCGUGGACGUGGACGUGGACGUGGACGUGGUCGUGGACGUGGGCGUGGACGUAGACGUGGACGUGGACGUGGACGUGGACGUAAACGUGGACGUGGACGUGGUCGUGGACGUAAACGUGGACGUGGUCGUGGACGUGGUCGUGGACGUGGACGUCGACGUGGACGUCGACGUGGACGUGGACGUGGACGUCGACGUGGAUGUGGACGUGGACGUGGUCGUGGAAGUGGACGUGAACGUGGACGUGGACGUGGUCGUGGACGUGGACGUGGACGUGGUCGUGGACGUGGACUUGGACGUGGACGUGGACGUGGACGUGGACGUGGUCGUGGACGUGGUCGUGGACGUGGACGUGGACGUGGACGUGGACGUGGACGUGGUCGUGGUCGUGGACGUCGUCGUGGACGUGGACGUGGACGUGGACCUGGUCGUGGUCGUGGACGUGGACGUGGUCCUGGUCGUGGACGUGGACGCGGACGUGGACGCGGACGUGGACGCGGACGUGGACGCGGACGUGGACGCGGUCGUGGACGUGGACGCGGUCGUGGACGUGGUCGUGGAUGUGGACGUGGACGUGGACGUGGACGUGGUCGUGGACGUGGACGUGGACGUGGACGUGGUCGUGGACGUGGACGUGGACGUGGUCGUGGACGUGGACGUGGACGUGGUCGUGGACGUGGACGUGGUCGUGGACGUGGACGUGGUCGUGGACGUGGACGUGGACGUGGACACGGACGUGGACUUGGACGUGGACGUGGUCGUGGAUGUGGACGUGGUCGUCCAUGACGUGGACUUGGACGUGGACGUGGAGGUGGACGUGUACGUGGACGUGGACGUGGACGUGGACGUGACAUGGACGUGGACGUGGAUGUGGACGUGGACGUGGACGUGGACGUGGACGUGCACGUGGACGUGGACGUGGACGUGGACGUGGACGUGGACGUGGACGUGGUCGUGGAGUGGACUUGGACGUGGUCGUGGACAUGGACGUGGACCUGGUCGUGGACGUGGACCUGGACGUGGUCGUGGUCGUGGACGUGGACGUGGACGUGGUCGUGGACGUGGACGUGGACGUGGACGUGGAGGACGUGGACGUGGAGGACGUGGACGUGGACGUGGAGGACGUGGACGUGGACGUGGUCGUGGACGUGGACGUGGACGUUGA